AUGAAUCUCCUGAAGGAGCUUUGUCGGGCGCACCACGUGGAAGGAUACUCCAGGAGCAAUCCGCUUGCGAAAGAGCUAUUCCUACAAGCGCUCCUUUGGUCGUGCGAUCCCAACUGUAAUGCUUGUUCAAAUGGGUAUGUUUUGAGAAGGCAACAAGCGGCGAGUCCCGUGACUCCGCCCCCAUUGCUUCCCCGAGCACAGAGCAUACGCAUCAAAACCUGUUGACGUGCUCCAAACCGAACUGAACGAGGAAGCCCAGAGGAAUCGCGAGAACGUCUCGGCGACUACCUCUAAACAAACGAUGCACAGACGUCCACCGCUGCAUCCCAAACCCGAACAAGAAGAACCCGGUAAAGUGACAUCGCAUUUUGCGCCAGCAUCCGAUCAGUUCAAGACCGAGAACCGUUCUGAAUGGAAUGAUUACUUCACCGACGCUCGUUCCCGUCUCUUCUGCUACCUGGUGUGUUCCCCAGAGAGUCUUCGGGCAUAACGUACGAUGGGUGCCUGAACACCACAUCAAGCGUGAGGAAUCAGGUAUUUGGAAGAUAUUAACCAACUCUACACUACGUACGGACCUCCGACCACCAACUUACGAUUCUUCAGCUUGGCGGGGCGCACUCAUCCAUCCCCGACGUCUUCAUCGACCGAGCGAUUUAAUCGAUCAGAUCGCCAUGAACAACACGCUUCAGUGCUCACUCUGGCCAGACUGCUUCAAACGGUUGUUCCCUACCACAGGGCCACUGACUAAGCCCCCUCGGUCGUUGAGCAACGGAUUAUUGCGCACUGGAUCACGUCCCCGCUGAUGUCCGAGAUUGCCUCUCCAACACGAGUCAGUUUGAGCACCUCGUCACUGUGCGCGCCAGAGCCUACAAGAUCAUAUACAAGCUAACUCGUUUCGGAGAUCGCAAAGCUCAACAAGAAUUUAGGCGCGGAAACACCCUCAUUUUCAGCCAGAACACCGCUUCGUUCACCGAUGUACUGCCCAUGUCAGUCGAGGAACUCGCUGACAGUGUUUGCGUUUUAUUCUGUGCAGGGAGCCCCAACCUUGCGGAGCUGGACAAGUGUCGACCCAUGAUCGUGAAGCAGAGUCGGAUCCACUGCAAAAGAUGCUCAGGUGAUUGAUCAACGAAAGCAAGAAUUCGGCUUACUCUGCCGUCUCCUUUGAUGGCCAUUGCACAGCUCGUUCGACGCAGUUCCGGUGCGCUCAACCCGACCUCUACAGCUUCUACGGCGGUUUCAGCUUCGACUUCGACUUCGGCUUCCGUCUGCGUUGCUCCCCAAGUAUCGGAUCUACAAAUCGCCGAUGGAAACUGUCUCGUGCCCGACGUAGUUUUGGCGAAGGUGGUGACCGCAGAGACAGUGGAACCAACAUCAUCGCUCUUUGAAGGCUACGCAACAGCGCAUAACGACUUUGAUGAACCAGUAUUCGAACACGUACAUGUGCCGCCACCCGCUACCGACGAACCAGUUCACUCGUGGCAGUUCUCUGAGAAAGCUCUUCGUUAUUUCAACCACUGCAAGACCAGAGCGCCCCCCCAUGUCAUUCCGACAGGCGAUGACCCUUUGUGGGAAUGUUCGGAUGACUUCCUGCUCUCAAAGCUGUGGCCACACCUCGAUCCAUUAGGUCUCGUCGGUGUCUGUGUCGAGCGCGACGUCAAGAUUUCUCUGGAGGAGCAAGUGAGUCAAACAUUGGCUCAAUCUAUACGACAGCGAAUUCGGAGGCCACCCGUCUUUCCCAUUCAUCGUCUCGAACAUUCUCCGCCGACGAGACGUGUUUCACCACCUCGCUUUUCGGGUCCCCAAAGAGAAGGUGGCUCGAAUCGCCGCAGCACUGCUCGAAAUUUACCGCAUAUCGACCGUAUUCUGGCGUUUCGUCCAAGCACGCACGUACUUCAACCAGGCGAGGCAGGCCCAACACGCUCGCUUUCAGUUCGUGCCGCAUCGGAUCCGGGUACAUGCCAGGAACAAGCCCCUCUUCAUGCAAGUCACGCGUACAAUCAACUAAAUUCCUGUAUGGGUAAGCUGAUCUGACAAUUCUACGGCAUCGUCAUCAUUACAGCCUUGUCUCCCUCUUCUCACCGACCGUCCACCGUCGCCCAAGGAAAAGCUAUCACCGGUCAAGAGGUCCAUUACCGUGGCAUUGACCUUGCCCCUUCCAAAAAAAAAACGUAAGUCGCUCCCUGAAGUCCCGAUCUCUCAACGUCAACUGAAACAACUUCUUAUAGCCAAGUUCGGUGAAAGGGCGAUGUGGGUCCCCGGCGCUGACGACCACAUGCAUACACAAAGUUGGAGUCGGACCAGACACGGACUGUGGCAUGGGCGAUGUCGAGUGAUCUCAACUUAUGCAUGUACACCCCGGCUCUGGCUCGAUCUCUUCUUGCUGCAAUGUUUAUUAAUGUUUGGCACAUACUUACACGACUCAUUGAUGUGGAUUGAACCGACUCGCCAACUUGGUGCUGCAUGCCCGAUCCAUGGCAUGUUCUUAGUAAUACUAGCUGACGUUGUCAGUCGGUGUUACUCCGUCAGAGGUUCAGGGACCCGUCGCCCCCUCCGGGGGCGCGUUAAUGAGGGCCGCCUAGUGUUGCAUAAUUUCUCAAAACUACUCUACAAGCUGUACAAUGCUCAGAUUUUUUUCUGCGGUGCGCGCAGACUGCGUUCCCGCCGCGCGCGCGCACCAAGAGCGCCGCCCGCGCGACCGCCAACGAGCCUUUUCAAAAUGAAAUGGACUUCAAUAGGAUCUCAUCUUUGUAUUCAUGUGAUGGUCUUUGGAAAAGUUGGAGGAAAUGCAAUUAAGCACACUGGCUAG